AUGACAAGCCUGAUCUUGGAGAACGCCGACUUGAAUCGACUCUUUCCGAAAUGCCGGCCUAGGGGCGGCCCACCCCCGGCCCCGGGGGCCUCCACGCAGAGCAGCCAGCAGCCGCAUGACAGCCCCUGCCAGACGGAGGCCGUCGCUAUCGCCACCACCGUCACCGCCGCGACCGCCGCAACAGCCGCUGUCACCAUCGCCUCUACGAACACGUCGACGAGCGCCUCCGCGAUAUCGGACGACAUGAUCGACCUCGAGCGUGACACCUCCGACAGGCAAGUUAAACCGAUUUACCGAAGUUCGCUGUCCCGUAGGACGGCGAGCGUGGUGCCCGGUUUCACGGUCGAGGGCCAGCUGCCGCACGCCACGAAGCCGCUUUCGUCGAGCUCCUCCUCGGCGUCCGGACGCAGCGAGGACGCGCCACAAUACGGUAGCCUGCCGGGUAGUGAUCAUCAGGGACAAUCGCAGCAAGACGACAGCGGACCCGAGGGAAGUCCUGUGUACAUUUUGACCUCGGCCAAGGGAGGCCCCAGCUACAAGCUUCGGGAUUCGAGAAUUAUAGAAAUCGCUGGUGGCCGAGAGGUAUUCUCGCAGAGCCGAGGGAAGGUGGCAGCUAGAAAGUCGCGAUUUCUGGCUGCGUCAAAUUCCAUAAAUAACGAGGAUAUUCAAACUGAUAAUAAGUUAUCUGUUAAGAAGAAUAAUAAGUCUCCGAACUCACAGACCAUAUGGGAGCUACGAAGUCGAUGCGGCGAAACUAGAAAGCAACGUGCAAAUCGAGAAGUGACGGAGACCGUGUUUGCCUCCGAGGUACAUUCGGUGCGACGUAACGCUACGAAAUCCAUUCUCGACUACGACUCACCUAAAAGCAACCGCAGCAAUCGCAUAAUCAAUUACGAUUCAAUCUUGAAUAGCAAUAAUGUAGAGUAUACCGUACCAAAAAGUAUUACCGAUCUGGACUAUGGAUUACCAAAGAGCUGCAUAGAUUAUCAAUCGAAUCACAACACGCCUGCGAGAAGUAUGGCUAUUGUCAGCGACGGUGAGGUUGUGGUGUUCGACGAUAUCGAUGACAAUUGGCAGGGGUUGCGACUAGAUUUGGCGUCGAACAAUACAAAUCAAGUUACGACGACGACAAAUCUAGACCUGGAGGCGGAAGAUUCGCAAAGAGGUCGUAUCGCACCAGAACCACCGAGUUCCAGUGUUGGAAGCACUCCUAGUCCCACGACGGCAUAUCAUCGCAAUACUUCAGAAUUUUUCAAAGUUGUUACACCAGCGAGCGAUUGCGAAGCAGAUUCCCCUUCUCCAGAACGUAAUCAUAAAGUAGCAAGAGUAAUUGGUGAAUUACCAAUCGCUCAGUAUUCUGGCAGCCCGAGACGUUAUGGAGUUCGUGAAAAUACACAGCUUCCUAGCUUAUUAUCAUCACCUUCAAUGUACAUGACACCGAGGCCCGGUUUCCCUCAAAGAGUAUUGCCAACAACACCAAAUCAUAAUGAGAAGGAAGAUAGUUCUGCAGAAAUUAUAGUAGACAAGACUGUGAUAGAAAAUAUUAGCACCGAAGAUCAGCCUAUAAAUCCUUCAUCUCCGUCACCAAAGGUCGAAGAGGAAGAAGAAGAUUCUUUAAAGCCAUCGACUUUGCCUGCUGAUAAUAUAAGCAGUCUUGUCUCGCCGGGAGGUAGCACCUUCGACUAUUUAUACGAAUUUUCAGAAACACGAAAGGUGUUAGAAGAAUUCUUCAAAUGUCCGGCACCAACGAAAGAAAAAGAAAACAAUACAGAAUCCUUUCCUUUCCAAGAUCUUGAUUAUGAACUAAGAAGACAAGGUGGAAGUGCAUAUGUUGGUCAACGAUUAGCUAGUGGUCCACCUACAACAGAAGAGGUUAUGGUACAUGAAUCUCCUAAAAAGCAACGAGCAGAAUUUCCACAAAAUACAGGUGAACAUGAAAACAACUUCUUGGACCUCUCAGUAGGUACUGGCAGCAGUGAAGAUCUUGGAGAGACUGAGGUUGGCUUGCAAGUGGGACACUCGCGUAAUUUUACACUAAGCCCCGAGACAACCGACUGUGACAGUAAUUGCGGCGACUUAGACAGCGAGGUAUCCCUCAUGAUGAUGGAUAAUGAAUUGAUGCCAGCAAGUGGCCUUCUCGGAUCGGUCGGUGAUUUGGGGAAUAAUUCGGAUUCCCUGAGAAUAUACACUAGCAUGCCGGUAUUAGAAGACGGCCUGUCUAGUGGACACGCGAGCGAUACUGACAACAAUAAUCCUACUGUGAUGCUGAUGAAACGGCAAAUAAACGAGAUAGAGAAAGAGAUCAUACAGAGAACUCGUAACGACAUGUUAGGUACGAAUGAGAAUGACUCUGGGAAGGACAUUAGUCUAAAUGUAACAAAGGAUAUUUUACACACGUUGAAGACUACAUCUCCCGAUCUAUUUAUCGCAAAGAAGGAAAAUUCGUACGACACGAACGAGCUGCAACUCGAUGGAUUGGACCCACUGGGCACGCCGCCGCCGCCGGCACCUCAAGGACGACAAAGUGUAUCCUUAGAAGUAAAUUGUGGAGAGGUGGAAGCGGCCAUCAAAGAUAUUAGAAUGGCCCUACAAAGGACUAAAACUCUACCUGUGAAAUCACCAUCGGAAGAACCACCAGAACCGAGCGUUAGUCCGAUAUGGAUACCAAGGCGGAGAGUCUGUAUGGAAAGCAAUAGCGAAGAAUCUGAUGCGCGUCGUAUAGGUGACGUAGAAGCUGAUGUAGAAAUUGAGGAGUGUCCAGAUGAAGAGGAAGCGGAUACCGAUCUUGAAACAGAUCGAUUGCUCGGGCAACAAAGAACGGACGAUCAAGGAUUUUACGACGAUAAGGGGUGGAGGAAGCCUAAGACUAGGACUAUGUUACCAUCAAUGAAUGCGAAAGUCGCUACUCCAAAACAAACCCCUCCUAAAUCUUUGAGUGUCGCCCCGAUAGAAACGCUAGCGCCUUCCGAACCCAUACCCUCGACGUCUGCCUCGAUCUCCCCUCCUCUCGUAGUGUCUGUUAUACAAUCGUCGUCUUCUAACGAGUGCGAAGUAGCCACUCCCGCGCAACCCACAUCGAGUCCGCAGAAGACCCCAGUCAAAAACUCCCCCUCAUCCCCUCAGAGCCUCAAGGAAUCCAACAACAAGAUUCAAACAAGAAGCAUUAUUGGAUACUAUAUAAUUAUGUCGUCUAUUAGACUGCCUCUAUGUUCUUCCAAGCAUUUAGCUGCCUUUGGCACACUAUUUCACGAUACACGUGAGUUAAAAAAUCCUAAAUGGUACGUGUCUGUGCCUCUUUCAGACUUGUUGGAUGAUCCAUCAGUGUUGAUCGAAGGUGUCCUGUUCCGCGCGAGGUACUUAGGAUCCACGCAAUUAGUAUGCGAAGGUCAACCGACGAAGUCGACUCGCAUGUGUCAAGCAGAGGAAGCCGUUUCCAGAAUAAAGGCACCGGACGGUGACACUCAGCCAAGCACGGAGGUAGAUCUCUUUAUCUCAACGGAGAAGAUCAUGGUUCUUAACACCGAUCUGAAGGAGAUCAUGAUGGAUCAUGCGUUACGUACGAUUUCGUACAUAGCGGAUAUCGGUGAUCUGGUGGUGCUAAUGGCACGGCGACGUUUUGUGCCGCAUGAAAUGGAAGAAGUACCAAAAAUCAAUCGAACUCCAAAGAUGAUAUGUCACGUUUUCGAAAGUGAGGAGGCUCAAUUUAUAGCACAAAGUAUUGGACAAGCAUUCCAAGUAGCUUACAUGGAGUUCCUAAAAGCAAACGGGAUAGAGGAUCAUAGCUUUGUUAAGGAAAUGGAUUACCAAGAGGUGCUUAAUUCCCAGGAGAUAUUUGGCGACGAGCUACAGAUGUUCGCAAAGAAGGAGAUGCAGAAAGAGGUAGUGGUACCGAAAGCAAAGGGAGAGAUCCUCGGUGUUGUGAUCGUUGAGUCCGGAUGGGGCUCGAUGCUGCCAACCGUAGUCAUAGCAAAUCUGGCACCGGCCGGUGCCGCCGCACGUUGCGGUCAACUUAACAUUGGCGAUCAGAUAAUAGCGAUUAACGGCGUAUCGUUAGUCGGCUUGCCUUUGUCCACGUGUCAGACUUACAUAAAAAACUCAAAGAAUCAAACGGUCGUCAAACUAACUGUCGUGCCGUGUGCACCUGUAGUCGAAGUGAAAAUCAAGAGACCCGACACAAAAUAUCAGUUAGGAUUUAGUGUACAGAACGGAGUGAUAUGUAGUCUAUUGAGAGGUGGUAUCGCCGAACGGGGCGGAGUACGAGUGGGUCAUAGGAUAAUUGAAAUUAAUAAUCAGAGUGUUGUUGCUGUACCGCACGAGAAGAUUGUUAAUCUUUUGGCUACGUCAGUGGGAGAGAUUUUGAUGAAAACGAUGCCCACAUCGAUGUUUAGGCUGUUGACCGGCCAGGAGUCUCCGGUGUAUAUAUAAAAAGCGUUCAGUUGCCUGGCUGAUGCGUAGUGAACAGACAAUACAUCCACCAUCCACUACCAUACUAUCCGCUACCUUUACUGUACAGGUUAUUCUAUGCAAAUCGCUUUGUGUUUUCGAUUCUUAUGGGACGAUUCGAUACAUUCACCAGCUCCUGCUUAGUAAACGAGACUUACAUAGGUACGUCGCAGAAACGUUACUAAAUAUCUA